AUGGGCGCUCAAACAGAUAUUAUCAUGAAAUUCAAGCAAAUUGGCAUUGUUGGUGCAGGGAAUAUGGGCUCUAUGAUGGGAUUCGCCUUUUCCGAGCUCGGCCUUGACGUGUCUAUUUGGGAUGCCAAGAGCGCGAAUGUCGACAACUUUAUGAAGCAAGUUGACCAAGCCGAGGGUCUGACUGGGACUAUUACUGGAUAUCAUGAUAUAUCAAAAUUUACAGCCAGUUUGGGCCAAAAUGGUGGCCGAAAAGUGUUCCUGUUUUCCAUUACGCAUGGCGCGCCAGCUGAUGAAGUUCUGGAGAAAAUCAAGCCAGAGCUGCGCAAGGGCGAUAUAAUUUUGGACGGCGGCAACGAGCAUUAUCGGAACACCGAGAGGAGACAAAAAGAGUGUUCAGAUAUUGGCGUAGAUUGGAUCGGAAUGGGAGUUUCUGGCGGUUAUCAGUCAGCUCGACAUGGGCCAAGUAUGUCCCCUGGAGGAAAUGCUGCUGCACUGAAGGAAGUCAUGCCGCUUCUUGAACUAUAUGCAGCAAAGGAUCCGAAAUCCGGCGCUCCAUGCGUAUCAAAUAUCGGACCAGGCGGCUCAGGACACUUUGUCAAGAUGGUCCACAACGGUAUCGAAGUUGGUAUGCUCUCAGCUCUCUGCGAGGCUUGGGCGUUUCUGAAUAGCGGAUUGGGGCUUGACUACGAUCAAAUUGGUGAGAUAUUUGCGCAAUGGAACGAACAUGGCGAAUUGCAUACAAAUUUCCUCGUCAGAAUUGCUUCCGAGAUUUGCAAGACGAGAAAACCGACGGAUGGCAAACCAGCGGGACAGGAGGGCGGCCACGUUCUUGACGAAGUCCUCGACAAAGUCGUACAGGAUGACGAUGGUUCAGAAGGUACGCCCACAUGGUCAAUUAUGGAAUCGGCAACGAGGCAUGUAUCUUGCCCAACACUCGCGGCGGGAUUUUAUCUCCGCGUGGCCUCGGGAAAUCGUGAAGAAAGGUUGCGGAUCGCCGACACGUUCUCUGUUCUCGAACCGAAGCCUAUUCAAGACAUCAAGGAUAGAGGCCAGAUAAUUGAAGACCUCCGCAAAGCCGUCUACUGUGCCUUCUUGGCCUCCUACUACCAAGGACUGGAACUAAUCGCCCGGGCAUCCAGUGACGAAGGCUGGAACAUCAAUCUGUCUGAGUGCGUUCGUAUUUGGCGAGCAGGGUGCAUCAUUCAAUCAGAAUUCAUCGCCGAUUUGCUUGAGCCACUUCUGAAAGAGAACAAGACACUCACAAACAUCAAGCUGGAUAGCUCCGUCGGGCGGGAGUUGCAGUGCAGCUACUCGGCACUGAAGGAAAUUGUGUCUCGAGGAAUUGCAGCCGACCAUUACUUGCCCGCACUUACUGCCACGCUUGAGUACGUCAAGUAUACCACAGGCAAAAUGCUGCCCACAAAGUUUAUGGAGGCGCAAAUGGAUUAUUUUGGGGCGCACUCAUACAAUAAGCCGGGUGUGCCAGGCGAAGAUCCCGGUCCGGUAGCGAAAGGCCCGCAUCAUUUCGAGUGGAAGCCAGCUUAG